AUGAAAAAAAAAAGAGAAUAUUUAAAUAUAGCAGACCAAAUAAUGAAUGUUACCAAUGUAAAAAGAAGGAAGAAAAUAAAAAUUUUUCAUUCAAUUCUUUUGUUAAUAUUAUCAUUUUUUUUAUCCUUUGCAAAAGGAAUGGAUUACUAUAAAAGAUUGGGAGUAAAAAGAAAUGCAACAAAAGAAGAUAUUUCAAAAGCAUAUCGACAGCUAGCCAAAGAAUAUCACCCUGAUGUAGCCCCAGAUAAAGAAAAAGACUUUAUUGAAAUAGCCAACGCUUAUGAAACCCUAUCUGAUCCAGAAAAAAGAAAAUUAUAUGAUAUGUACGGUGAGGAUUAUGCACAAAGUGCACAAUCAGAAGGCAGAGGUCAUCCACAUGGAUUUCAAUUUGAUCAAGAUGUUGUUAAUGAAAUUUUUAAGCAGUUUGCUGGUGGAAGGGCAGGUGGUGGUGGUCGUGCUGGUAAUUUUCAUUUUAAGUUUACUUCUGGUGGGUCAACCUUUAGUAAUUUUCAAGAAGAAUAUGAAGAUAUAUAUAAAAACGAAGUAUUAAAAAUAAAUUCUAGGAAUUUUGAAUCAGUUAUUAAUGAUAUAACAUUUUCAUUAGUUAUUAAUUUUUAUUCUCCUUCAUGUUCUCAUUGUGUUUCGUUCAAAAAAAAAUACUUAAAAUUAUCUAAGAAAUUUGAUGGUUUCGUUACCUUUGGUGUUGUAAAUUGUCAAGAAGAACAAAACUUAUGCAGAAAAUAUCAUGUUAAAUCUUUGCCUCAUCUUAUAUUAAUGAAAUCAAAUAAAACCUAUGAAACGUUUUAUGGUAAUAGAACAGAUGAGAAUAUUACAUCCUUUAUAAAUAAAAAUAUACCAUAUUCCUAUGUAGAAAUUUCUAAUAAAAAAAAAUUAGAUAAUUUUCUUAUGCAAAAUGUUGAUAAACCAAAAGUAAUAUUUUUUGUUUCUCAUAGUAAUAAUAUAACAAUGCUAAAAGUAUUAUCAAAAGAGUUUGAAAAAAGAGUUAACAUGGCUAUUAUAUAUAAUACUAAUUAUAAAAUUAUGAAGCUUUUUAAAAAAAAUAUUAAAACUCCUGCUAUUUUGGUUGUUGAAGAUAUAGAUAACUUAUCAGGAGAUUUGACGCAAUUGAAAAGUUUUGAUUUUAAUAUCUUAUCAUUAAAACUAAGCCAUAUUGUUGCUCAAAAUAGAUUGCAAAAUAAUUUAUAUGGUCAUAUUACAAGCUACCAAGAAUUAACAAAAAAAAAAUAUGAAGCAGGACAAUGUCGUGAAAAGGAUUCUCAAAUAUGUUUUUUUAUAUUAAAACUUUUAAAAAAAAAUUAUGAAAAAUUUGAUGAUGAUAUAAAGAAGGUAGCAAGUAAAUUUUCCAGUGAUCCAUUAAAAAUUUUAUAUAUAAAUGUUUAUGAGAAUCCAUAUAUAUUAGAAUCAUUUGGAUUACAAAAUAAAUGCACGUAUUCUAAUUGCUUAAUUUUAGUAGCAUUUAGACCUAAAAGACAAAGAUUUCGUAUUUAUGAUGGAGAAGUAAAUGUGGAUAAUGUUCAUAAUUUUGUUGAAAAUGUUGUAAGUGGUGGGAUAGCUAUUAAUCAGAAUUUAACAAAAAGUUUAAAAUUUGUAGAUAAUACAAAAUAUGAGGAUGAAUUAUAA